AUGCGGGAGCUGGCCGGGGCGGGUCUGCUGCUGUUGCUAGCCGUCGGCCUCCCCCAAAGCCUAGGGCUGAAGUGUGGGAUCCCUGCUGUUGAUGUCGAACGUAGGACAACUGUCUUGGAUUCUGGGUUCUUCUCUGGAAGUACUCGCUGGAGGGAUUCAGCAGUUGGUGGACAACCGUGGCAGGUCUCCCUAAAAUUAGGUGAGCACCGCUUCUGUGCAGGAAGCUUGAUCCAAGAUGAUCUGGUUGUUACAGCAGCACACUGCUUGGUUGGCCUCGAUGAGAAGCAAAUUAAGAGUCUGACUGUGACUGGGGGGCACAACCUCUUUCCGGAGGGUAAACAGGAACAGAAGAUUCCUGUUUCAAAAAUGAUUAUCCAUCCUGAGUACAACAGACUUGGAUAUAUGAGCUCUGAUAUUGCACUGCUGUAUUUGAAACACAAAGUCAAGUUUGGAACUGCUGUUCAGCCAAUCUGUCUUCCCCAUAAAGAUGAUAAAUUUGAAGCAGGGCUUCUUUGCAUGACCAGUGGAUGGUGCAAGAUUUCAGAGACAUCAGAGUAUUCAGAUGUCCUACAAGAAGUGGAGCUUCCCAUCAUGGACGACAGAACGUGUAAUUCUGUGCUGACGGGUAUGAAUUUUCCUCUCCUGGGGAGGACCAUGAUGUGUGCCAGUUUUCCUGAUGGGGAAAAGGAGGCCUGUCAGGGAGACUCUGGAAGUCCAUUUGUUUGUAGAAGAGGCAAUGGAAUCUGGGUCCUUGCUGGGAUAACUUCCCAGGGAGCUGGUUGGACUAGAGGUUGGCCUUUAAGAAAUAACCAUAGAAGGGCAUCACCUGGCAUUUUCUCCAAGGUGUUUGAGUUGAUGGAUUUUAUCACUCAGAACACAUUCACAGAUUGUAGAUCGGAGAGAACAGUGUUAUUUGGAGAAAAUGGGAAGAUUCGUUACCACCAUUCCAAAGAAAGCAGCUGUUCUCAUAAUUGCUUAUGUAUGUGGAAAAUAAUGGUACCAGAAGAUAAAAUUAUCCUGAUAAAAUUUGCAAGCUUAGACAUACAAAAUCAAGUUGGUUGUGACCAUGGCUAUAUAUCUUUACAAUCAAGCAAUGGAGUGCUUAUUAGUAAGGUCUGUGGAGAUAAAUUGCCUUCACCAUUGCUGACUGAGACCAGUGAGGCCACAGUUACAUUUGUUUCUGAUCCAGAAAACGGUGGCAGCAGCUUUGAGCUUACAUUUACUGCUGUUCAGAAGCACUCAGAAGCUGGUUCAGGCUGUGGGAGUGUAGCUGUAUUGGUGGAAGAAGGGAUGAUUCACUCUGCCAGUUAUCCUGACUCGUAUCCCAUGAAUGUAAAGUGUCAUUGGUUCAUUCGUGCUCCGGAGAAACACAUUAUAAAGUUGGAAUUUGAGGACUUUAUCACUGAAUUUAGCCCAAACUGUAUUUAUGAUGCUGUUGUGAUUUAUGGUGAUCCUGAAGAGGAGCACGAGUUAGCUAAACUUUGUGGGAUCUUAAACCCUACUCCAAUAUUCAGUCCUCAUAAUAUGCUGCUGAUUCAUUUUAAAAGUGAUGGUGAAAAUAACUUCCGAGGCUUCAAGGCUAGUUUCACCUUUUUGCUCUCAGACUCUUCAAACCAAGUUGGAUCAACAUCACCUCCCCAAACCAAUCUUGUAUCUUCUGCAAAACUUAUUCCAUAUGGUAUCUGUGGCAUCCCUCCAUUUAGUCUCCAGUGGCUUUCCAGAAGAACUGUAGUGGGGGAGGAAGCCUGUCCCCACUGUUGGCCAUGGCAGGUGGGUGUGAGGUUUCAAGGCAGUCACCAGUGUGGAGGUGCCAUCCUCAACCCAACCUGGAUUCUCACUGCAGCCCAUUGUGUGCAAUCGAAAAAUAAUCCACUCUUCUGGACCAUUGUUGCUGGGGACCAUGACAGAACCCUGAAGGAAUCAACUGAGCAGGUGAGAAGGGCCAAGCACGUUGUGGUGCAUGAAGACUUUGAUAGCCGGAUCUUUGACUCUGACAUCGCCCUAAUACAACUGAGCUCUCCUCUGGUGUUCAACUCCGUCGUGAGGCCGGCGUGUCUCCCAGAAAGCACGGAGCCACUCUUUUCCUCUGAGAUCUGUGCUGUGACUGGAUGGGGAAGCAUUAGUGAAGGUGGCGGCCUUGCAAGGCGCUUGCAGCAGAUUCAGGUGCUUGUGUUAGAAAGAGAGGUCUGUGAACAUGCUUACCGCUCUCACCCAGGAGGGAUCACAGAGAGGAUGAUCUGUGCUGGCUUUGCAACCUCUGGAGGGAAGGAUUUCUGUCAGGGAGACUCUGGUGGGCCAUUAGUAUGUCGACAUGAUAAAGGUCCCUUUGUCCUGUAUGGUAUUGUCAGCUGGGGAGCUGGCUGUGCCCAAACAAGGAAACCAGAUGUAUUUGCCAGGGUGAGUGUCUUCUUGGACUGGAUCCAAUCCAAAAUCAAAGGUCCUGCUUCACUUCAGAUAAAUAAUGAAAGAAAAACCUUAACAAGACAACAGUUGCCACCACCCACACCUUCAAUAGACAAUGAGUCUGGACCAGGUUGUUAUUCUGAAGUGGAGCUAGAAGAGCCCAGAGGCUUUUUUUCAACUCCAAGAUAUCCACUGGAUUAUAGAGGAAAACUGGAAUGUUCCUGGGUGCUCAGAAUUUCACCUAGCAGUAUGGCAAAAAUGACGGUUGAAUAUCUGUCACUCCCUGGGUCUCCAAUAUGUCCAGAUUCAGUUAUGACUAUUUAUGAAGAAAGCCACAGUAAGAGAAGGGUGUCAGGUGAAUUAUGUGGAAGAGGGCUUUACCCGAUGAUUUUCAUGAGCUCUGGACCACUGGUGAGGGUGACAUUUCGUUCCCUUGUGCAAGGUGCUUUGGGCAUAAGUUAUAUUGUCUUUAGAGUCCAAGGUCCAAAGGGCAGUAAAACUCCCAAACUUCUCCAAAGUUCAAACCAAGAACAUGUGGCCACUUAUGAGGAUGUUAUUCUGACUGAACCAGGAGGAAUCAUACAGAUCCCAAGAUACUCUCACAGAACCAGUAUGAGUUGCCACUGGAAGUUAUUAGCCCCUUUAGAUCACAUCAUUCGCCUUGAUAUUAUCAACUUCCAGAUGAAGUCGACACCCUUGGCCUGUCAGGGUCAUAUAUGGGUUUAUGAAGGAUUUGGAUCAGGCAAAAAAUUAAUAGGCAUUGGACUUAGCAAAGUUACUAAUGACAUCCCCACGUCCAGAUCCAACAGUUCCUUCUCAGCCCCAACAGCAUUUGGCCCAGAUAAGCUCACCUUCCUUUUGGAAUCUAUUUGUCUUGGCCUGAAGGAAACCACUCUCUGGCUGUUGUCUUACCUCACUGGUCUCCUUCAGCGUCUCCUGGCUGGUUGCUCUUCGUUUUCUCUACCACUAAAGGUAGAGGUGUCCCUGGACCCAGUCUUGGACUCUCAUUUCUUCUUUACCUAUUCCAUGAAAGGAAAAAUUAAAGUUAAUGAUCAAGCACAUCUAUGUGGCUCCAAGAAAGAAUUUGUCUUAAUAUCCAGUGGUGCUUACCUGACUAUCAACUUUAAGACUGAUCAGUCCGUGGGAGAAAGAGGUUUUAAACUCAUUUUGGAAGACACAGUUCAGAAGCAUUCACAAAAAAGUAAUAUGGGGACCCAAUUGCCUAUUAAUGAGGUAACAGUAGAAACCAGUCCUGGAAAACAGCCAACCCCAGACACCUGUGGAAUUCCUGGUGUUGACCCAUUUCUAAUGGAAGGGUCUAAGAGAAACACAAAUGUGCCGCCAACUAGGCUGGGGGAGCCCAGGGUGGUUGGUGGCCAUGCAGCACCUGCAAAGUCGUGGCCCUGGCUGGUCAGUCUGCAGCACCAAGGACAACAUUUCUGUGGAGGUGCUCUGAUCGCCAAGCAGUGGGUCCUGACCGCAGCGCACUGUAACUUUAGUACCAUCACAGAUGGCCUAGUAAUAGGAAGAAGUUCCCUGUCAAACAUAGGAAACGGUGAUUUGCUACCAGUAAAAGCCAUAUACACUCACCCUGGCUUCACCCAGUUCCCUCCUACUGAUGAUCUGUCUUUGCUGCGUCUGGAGAACCCUGUUGAACUAGAAGACGAAUUUUCUAAAACAAUGCAGCAGGCAGCUGUACCACUGAUCAGUAGUACAUCUUGUCGAAGUUACUGGGGACUGGAUAUUAAAAACACCAAUAUAUGUGGAGGGGCUGCAGGAUCAUCCUCAUGCAUGGGAGAUUCGGGAGGCCCUCUGCAGUGUGUGCAGGACGGACAAUACAAGCUCAUCGGUAUCGUGAGCUGGGGCAGCAGUAACUGCCAGCCCACUGCACCAACAGUCUUUGCCAGAAUUUCUGCCUACAGGGACUGGAUCACAUCUGUCACUGGAGGAGAAGUGUGA